AUGAACCUCAUCACUUCAACGGGAAGAAACCUAUCUAGAACUUGUCCAACCUCCCGCGUAUCGCUUCAAAGAUGUAUACGGCAAUCGUCGACUCUCCUUUCAAAAGUGGAUGAUAGACCACUAGCAGGUAUAAAAGUCGUUGAUCUGACUAGGGUACUAGCUGGUCCUCUAGCUACGAUGAUGCUGUCCGACCUUGGUGCCGAUGUGAUCAAGAUCGAAACACCUAAACAUGGUGACGAUACUCGCACAUGGUUACCGCCCUCAGCGACGUUUCCUAAAGAUGGAUCAUAUCCCAGACCUGAUUUACCCCCUGAAUCAGCUUAUUUCCUUCAGGCAAAUCGGAAUAAACGAUCAUUGACAUUGAAUUUGAAGUCUGAUAAAGGAAAGGAAGUGAUUCAGAAGUUAGUUCGAGAUGCUGAUGUCUUAGUGGAGAAUUAUGUACCGGGAAAACUUGACCAAUUCGGUUUAUCAUAUGAACAAGUUAGAGAGAUCAAUCCUAAGUUGGUUUAUUGCUCAAUCACCGGAUACGGAUCGACAGGACCAUAUUCUAAAUUUCCAGGAUACGACGUGGUCAUAGAAGCAGAAGCGGGUUUGAUGCAUAUAACCGGAGAGAAGGGAGGAACACCAGUCAAGGUCGGAGUAGCGGUGACUGAUAUAUUGACGGGACAUUAUGCUCAUUCAGGAGUAUUGGCAGCGUUGAUUAAGAGAGGAAAGACAGGGAAGGGUUCAAGAGUGGAAGUAAGCUUGUUCGAAAGUCAAAUCGCAUCUCUAGUAAAUAUAGGAGCGAAUUACCUGAUUUCGGGAAAAGAAGCUACUCGAUGGGGAACUUCUCAUCCUUCUAUAGUACCUUAUCAAGUUUUCCCAACAUCCAAUUCGUUUAUCAUGGUUUCUGCAGGAAACGAUACUCAAUGGUCUAUACUUUGUUCACCUACAGCAUUAGAUAAAAGGGAAUGGAUAAACGAUGAGAGGUUUGCUAAGAAUCAAAAAAGAGUGGAAAAUAGAGAUGAAUUGAUCAGGUUGAUAGAAGAUGCAAUGAAGGAAAGAACAACAGAAGAAUGGUGUAAAAGAUUCAAAGGGAAAGGACCAAUCAACAAUAUAGCUCAAACGUUCGCUCAUCCUCAAGCUAUUGCGAGACAGGUUGUAGAAGAAAUCCAGCAUCCAAGAGCGGGUAAGAUCAGAUUGGCUGCUGCGGCUACCUCGUUUGACGGCGAGAAACCCACGCUAUAUCGACCGCCGCCGUAUCUCGGUCAACAUACACAUGAAAUCCUUGAAGAAUUGGGAUACAAUGAAGGCGAUAUUAUCAAGAUGGAACAAGGAGGAGUCGUCUAG